ACCAGUGUGAAUCACACCCACGGAUUGCGACGCUGACACGGGACUAUUUAAGCAGAAAUGUGAACGGCUGUUCUUGGCGGGGUGGGGGAAGAUUGAAGUCCUUCAACCGAGGUACGUCCGGACUUGGAGACCCUUCGCAAAACUUCCCGUGUUCUCACUCCGUGAAACGUCGCCGACAUGUCCGGUCAAGCCGACCCCGACGCCGCCCCCACCGACCCUUCCGCCGCCGCUCCUGCUGGACUCCGCCCAAAAGUGAGCAGCCGUGGCCGCACCGCCGUUCCGGCCGCCAACUCCAACGCGGAUGAAACCGACAUCCCCGAGUUUGAGCUCUUCGGCGCAGUCGGCCCGAGAGGACUUCCGCCUUUGACCGAGUUCCUGGACAUCUCCGACGUGGACAUGAUGAAGAAACGAGACGAGACCAAUAAGAUUCGCCACCAUACGGCGCUGUACAAUUCGGAGAACCUCAUCGUCCGGAGAGGACAAGAGUUCCAGGUGAACGUGUCCUUCAACCGCCCGUACAACCCAAAGAAGGACAAGUUCGCCCUGGAGUUUGUCAUCGGAUCCAACCCUCAGUACAGCAAGAACACCUACAUUCCUGUCUUCCCCACCGAGGACAGGCAGACCUCCUGGCCGGGCCGUGUCAUCCGGACUUCUGACAACGUGGUCUCCAUGGGCGUCUUGCCCGCUGCCAACUGCAUCGUGGGCAAGUACCAGAUGUAUGUCGCUGUUGCGACCCCGUACGGCAUCCGCCGGACCAAGCGGGACAAGAGCCGUUACGUCUAUGUUCUCUUCAACCCGUGGGAGGCAGCUGAUGCAGUGUUUCUGGAUGACAAUGCGGAGAGGGACGAGUGCGUGAUGGCAGAGACGGGAAUCAUCUACCACGGCUCCUAUGACGACGUCGCCGAGAGACACUGGAACUACGGCCAGUUUAACUACGGCGUUCUGGAUGCCUGCCUGUACAUCAUGGACAGGUCUGAGAUGCCCAUCAUCAACAGAGGGGACCCCGUCAAGGUGGCUCGGAAGGCCUCUGCCAUGCUGGACUCUCGCGACGACAACGGGGUGCUGGUGGGGAACUGGAGCGGCGACUACACCUACGGAGUUGCGCCCACAGCCUGGACCGGCAGCACCGAAAUCCUCAUCACUUAUGCCCGCGGCAAGACGCCGGUGUGCUACGCUCAGUGCUGGGUCUACGCCGCCGUCUUCAACACCUUCCUGCGCUGCCUGGGUAUCCCGUCGCGAGUCGUCACCAACUACUACUCCGCGCACGACAACGACGGAAACCUCAAGUCUGACAUCAUCCUGGAUGAAAACGGCCGGAUAGAUCGCGGCCGAACCCGGGACUCCAUCUGGAACUAUCACUGCUGGAACGAAUGCUUCAUGUCCAGACCGGAUCUCCCGCCCGGCUUCGGAGGCUGGCAGGUCGUGGAUGCGACACCGCAGGAGAACAGUGAUGGCUUGUACAGAUGCGGCCCGGCGUCCAUCCGAGCCAUCAAACAUGGCGAAAUCUGCUUCCCCUUUGACGCCGCCUUUGUAUUUGCCGAGGUGAACAGCGACAUGGUGUUUCAUUCCCGGAAGAAAGACGGGAGCACGACGGUGGUCAAGGUGAAUCGGACCCACAUCGGCCGCAUGGUCCUGACGAAAGCUACCGGCGGGUCGGGCCGCCGCGACGUCACCGAUCAGUACAAGUUUCCCGAAGGCAGCGCCGAGGAGCGCACGGUCCUGGAGAAGGCGGAGGCGUACAGCUGCGGGAGGGAGAAGUCCGUCCUCCCUCGGGGGGACGUCGACCUGGUUCUGUCCGACCCGGAAGUCGGCCUGGGUGAUGACUUCGAGCUGAAGCUGAACUUCGUCAAUCGCGGCGGCGGUCGGCGCACCGUGGAGGUCUACGUCAGUGGGACCGUGAUCUACUACACGGGCCUGAUGAGCUCCGAGUUCCUGUUCACGACUCCCUCUGUCGAGAUUGGGCCAAACGCCAGCGCGAAUGAGUCCGUCGGCGUCGAUUCCAAGCAGUACUUGAAGUCGUUGGUCGAGCAGUCAAACCUGCACUUCAUCGUCACGGGGAAGGUCACCGAGACGGGACAGAUCGUCAGCGCCAUGAAAGUCGUCCGCCUGCGCAACCCGAAACUCACGGUCAAGGCGACGGGCCCCGGGAAGGUGAGCGAAGAGAUGAUGGCUACGGUGGAGUUCACAAACCCCUUGAGCGUCAGCCUGGAGGACGUCUACAUUCGCAUGGAAGGAGCCGGACUCAUGCUUCCAAAGUCCAAAUACUACAGGCUCAUCACCAGUGGCUCGUCGUUGACCUGGACCGAGUUCUUCACGCCGCAAAGGGCGGGGACCGGCAGGCUGAUCGCCACCCUGGACUGCCCCGCCCUCAGGCAGGUGGACGGCGAGGUGACGCUCACGAUCGAAGACUGACGGGAGGACUGACUGGCGGCCGACCUUGUUAUAAAUGCAUUAUUACACCCCCCUACGACUUUAAGUCGUGGAACAGCUCAUUGUUUUAAGUCACUGGUGUCAAACGCAGGGUCCGAUGGCCGGAUCUGGCCCGCCGCAUGAUUUUUAUGUGGCCCACGAAUCCAAAUCGUGCGUAUUAACUUCUGUGAUUUUUAUUCAAAUAUGGAACAAAAUUUCAAAUUGUCAUAUCAUAAAUGAUAACGUUGAUGACAUAGGGGUCCAACUGGAGGCCUGGGGACCAGAUCCAGCCCACCGCAUGAUUUUAUGUAGCCCGCGAAUCCAAAUCGUGCAUAUUAACUUCUGUGAUUUUUAUUCAAAUAUGGAACAAAAUUUCAAAUUGUCAUAUCAUAAAUGAUAACGUUGAUGACAUAGGGGUCCAACUGGAGGCCUGGGGACCAGAUCCAGCCCACCGCAUGAUUUUAUGUAGCCCGUGAAUCCAAAUCAUGUGUAUUAACUUCUGUCAUUUUUAUUCAAAUCUGUACCAAAAUUUCAAAUUGUCAUAUCAUAAAUGAUAACGUUGACGCCACUGGUGUCAAACUCGAGGCCUCGGGGCCAAUUCCGGCCCGCCGCAUGAUUUUAUGUAGUCCGUGAAGCUAAAUCGUGUGUAUUAAUUUCCAUGCUUUUUUCUUCAAAUCUGUACCAAAAUUUCAAAUUGUAAUAUUAUAAAUGAUAACGUUGAUGACAUAGGGGUCAAACUCGAGGCCUGGGGACCAGAUCCGGCCUGCUACAUGAUUUAAUGUAGCCCGCGAAGCGAAAUCGUGUGUAUUAAUUUCUGUGCUUUUUUGUUCAAAUCUGAACCAAAAUUUCAAAUUGUCAUAUCAUAAAUGAUAACAUUGACGCCACUGGUGUCAAACUCGAGGGCCAGGGGCCAGAUCCGGCCCACCGCAAGAUUUUAUGUAGCCCGCGAAGCUAAAUCGUGUGUUUUAAUUUCUGUGCUUUUUUGUUCAAAUCUGAACCAAAAUUUCAAAUUGUCAUAUCAUAAAUGAUAACAUUGACGCCACUGGUGUCAAACUCGAGGGCCAGGGGCCAGAUCCGGCCCACCGCAAGAUUUUAUGUAGCCCGCGAAGCUAAAUCGUGUGUUUUAAUUUCUGUGCUGUUUUGUUCAAAUCUGUACCAAAAUUUCAAAUUGUCAUAUCAUAAAUGAUAACGUUGACGCCACUGGUGUCAAACUCGAGGCCUCGGGGCCAAUUCCGGCCCGCCGCAUGAUUUUAUGUAGUCCGUGAAGCUAAAUCGUGUGUAUUAAUUUCCGUGCUUUUUUCUUCAAAUCUGUACCAAAAUUUCAAAUUGUAAUAUUAUAAAUGAUAACGUUGAUGACAUAGGGGUCAAACUCGAGGCCUGGGGACCAGAUCCGGCCUGCUACAUGAUUUAAUGUAGCCCGCGAAGCGAAAUCGUGUGUAUUAAUUUCUGUGCUUUUUUGUUCAAAUCUGAACCAAAAUUUCAAAUUGUCAUAUCAUAAAUGAUAACAUUGACGCCACUGGUGUCAAACUCGAGGGCCAGGGGCCAGAUCCGGCCCACCGCAAGAUUUUAUGUAGCCCGCGAAGCUAAAUCGUGUGUUUUAAUUUCUGUGCUUUUUUGUUCAAAUCUGAACCAAAAUUUCAAAUUGUCAUAUCAUAAAUGAUAACAUUGACGCCACUGGUGUCAAACUCGAGGGCCAGGGGCCAGAUCCGGCCCACCGCAAGAUUUUAUGUAGCCCGCGAAGCUAAAUCGUGUGUUUUAAUUUCUGUGCUGUUUUGUUCAAAUCUGUACCAAAAUUUCAAAUUGUCAUAUCAUAAAUGAUAACGUUGACGCCACUGGUGUCAAACUCGAGGCCUCGGGGCCAAUUCCGGCCCGCCGCAUGAUUUUAUGUAGUCCGUGAAGCUAAAUCGUGUGUAUUAAUUUCCGUGCUUUUUUCUUCAAAUCUGUACCAAAAUUUCAAAUUGUAAUAUUAUAAAUGAUAACGUUGAUGACAUAGGGGUCAAACUCGAGGCCUGGGGACCAGAUCCGGCCUGCUACAUGAUUUAAUGUAGCCCGCGAAGCGAAAUCGUGUGUAUUAAUUUCUGUGCUUUUUUGUUCAAAUCUGAACCAAAAUUUCAAAUUGUCAUAUCAUAAAUGAUAACAUUGACGCCACUGGUGUCAAACUCGAGGGCCAGGGGCCAGAUCCGGCCCACCGCAAGAUUUUAUGUAGCCCGCGAAGCUAAAUCGUGUGUUUUAAUUUCUGUGCUUUUUUGUUCAAAUCUGAACCAAAAUUUCAAAUUGUCAUAUCAUAAAUGAUAACAUUGACGCCACUGGUGUCAAACUCGAGGGCCAGGGGCCAGAUCCGGCCCACCGCAAGAUUUUAUGUAGCCCGCGAAGCUAAAUCGUGUGUUUUAAUUUCUGUGCUGUUUUGUUCAAAUCUGUACCAAAAUUUCAAAUUGUCAUAUCAUAAAUGAUAACGUUGACGCCACUGGUGUCAAACUCGAGGCCUCGGGGCCAAUUCCGGCCCGCCGCAUGAUUUUAUGUAGUCCGUGAAGCUAAAUCGUGUGUAUUAAUUUCCGUGCUUUUUUCUUCAAAUCUGUACCAAAAUUUCAAAUUGUCAUAUCUUAAAUGAUAACGUUGACGAUGUAGGGGUCAAAGUCGAGGCCUGGGGGCCGGAUCCGGCCCGCCGCAUGAUUUUACGUGGCCCGCGAAGGUAAAUCAUGUGUAUUAAGUUCCGUGAUUCUUGUGAAAAUGUUUAACAAAAUUGACAUAUUAAAAGCAUUUUUGCAUGAGCAAACAGGAACAAUCGUCGAAAAAGCCGUCCCCCUUGAUUUCUGAUUCCAAAACGUGUUCAUAAAUUGAUUCUUUUUUUCGGGUUCCACAUUCAUAACAACGUGGAAGCGACGGUACUUUGACUCCGUUCCUAUAAUCCGCACGCCGCUCGCGACGCUCAUUUAUCAUGAAUUCCGUGCACAAUCUAUGCUUCGCCUUUUGUGGUCCACUUCAGCGUCGGCCAUUGUCGCUUGCCACCCCACUGAUGUUUAGAACCAGCUCACCAAUAAAACGACAACAAAAGUCA